GUCGGGCUUACAAUGCUGGGCAUUGUGGCUUCUGUUGUAGCGCCAGUGCUGAAGCCCUUCUUCCUGGGGCUGACCUGCGCUGCCUGUGGUAGCUAUGGCAUGACCUUAUUCAAGGUCGGUGCCGAAGUUGUGGGAAAGACAGAGCACUGGUGGCUCAAUGUCGAGCUAUAUGUACUUGCUAUCUUUGCGCUGGCCGUCUGCGUUAUCCAGGUUCACACGCUGAACUUGGGUCUUCGACACGGCGAGGUGGUCACGAUCAUCCCGACCUUCUUUGCCUUGGGGGUUCUCUUCUCCCUUUUUCAGGCAGAGAUGGCCUUUGGCGAGCUGAAUGAUCUCGGAGGAGCCACCCACAUCGUAAUGUUCGUUGCCGGCGUCGUGCUGGUGAUUGGUAGCACGCUGGCUCUGCUCCUCCUUCAGAGAGAUGAAGAGGAGGAUCAAAGCUUUCGAUGA